UAAAGGAUGUUGGACUUGUAGCCAAAGGGUUUUCGGUUCGAUUCCCAACAACGCCAAUUGUUUGGAGGGAGUGCAUGAUACUGUCCUGCCACUCUGCUCCCCUCACGGUACCUGUUGGGCUACCACCUUUAGAAAACUGGCUAGCGACUUUGAUUGGUACUGAGUGUAUGUAUGGCUAGUUAUAUUUACAAUAACAUAUACUAGCCAAAUUUGCUAGUGAUGAAAAGAGUCAAUUUAUUGCCCUGCUGUAGUCCAAAGUAAACUCUGAAACUUUUUUCACACAGUGUAAAGAUGCGGGGAUUCGGACACUGGUCAUGCUGGAUGAACAAGGAGAGCAAAUGGAGUUGAUCGAGGAGGGCCUGGACCAAAUCAACCAGAACAUGGCUGAGGCCGAGAAGAACCGCAACGACCUGAGCAAAGACCGUGGGAAACUGAAGGACUUUGAGUCCAGCGGGUCGUAUAAGGCGGUGUGGUUCAAGAGCGAGGAUGGAGUGGUGUCUAAUCAGCCAUCAUCGCGUGUCGUUGACGACCGGGAACGAAUGGUCAUGAGUGGAGCUAACAUACGGAGGGUGACAAAUGAUGACGACGAUGACGAUGACGAUGAUGACGAGAUGGAGGAGAACCUGGCUCAGGUGGGCAGUAUCCUAGGCAACCUGCGGAGCAUGCCUCUAGACAGGGGCAACGAGAUUGACACGCAGAGCGUCCAGAUCAAACGCAAACUGCAGAAGAAUUCUGAUGAUCGUCGGGUUGAUUUUGGUGCAGAAGAUGAAGAGCUUUCUGAACGUGCUCUGUGUUCGGUUGUUCUUGAUGCAGUAGAGGAAGAGGACUCAGAAAUAGAGGGAUCGUGUGAGAGCUUUGCUGCUUUCCUAGCCAAACACCCGGGGAUUCAGGCAGCCCCUCCUGACAAUGCGGCGGACAAUUUUAGAAGUGGCCGCAGUAUUGCUACCUAUUCGGAUUCCACUUCAUCUGCUUCCAGUGCAUCGUCAUCUGGUGGGCCCAUUGACCUCUCAUUGGGUGAUCCACCUGCUAUCAGUGCUAAUGCUGUAGACUUUGUGUCAAGGCAUCGUAUAACUGUUGGUGGUGGUGGUGGUGGUUUAUUUGGUCGUGCCACUUUUGGCAGUGGUGGUGGUGGUCGUGCCACUGUUGAUGGUGGUGGUUUAUUUGGUCGUGCCACUGUUGGUGGUGGUGGUUUAUUUGGUCCACCUACUAUUAGCGCUAAUGAUGAAGACGCGCCUCGUGCUAGUCUUGGUGGUGGUGGUGGUGGUAGGUCUGUCGGCUGGCCUCGUUCAGAUUUUGGAACUGAAAAGAGGUCCCUGUCCCAGGCUAGGGCUAGAAGGUUUAAGGGACCCCCAGAUUCUGAUGAAUCAAUUGAGGAAUCAAAGUCCACAGCUGCAUCUGCCCCUUCCCGCCCCUCUCUCUUCUCAGGGCGCACUACCUUGUUCGCUAGUGUUCAGGCCCCUGCCCCUCCCCCUCCCCCUGUCGGCCUCGGCCCCUCCCUUUUGCCCACCACCCGCGGAGCCCCCUUGGCCCAACCUCCUCAGCCUCCUGGCUUCCACUUUAAAGCCUCCGGCUUUAGCUUUGGGUCUGCCACAACACCUUACAAUGAGAAGGAGCAGCUUUCUGCCACAACACCUUACAAUAAGCAGCAGCUUGUUCCUGUACCUGCCCCUGCCCCUGCCCCUGCCCCUGCCUUCCCCCUUCUCCUCGGCUCUCCUUUGUCCCAGUUAGGCUCAAGGGUCAACGCCGCACCAAGGUCAAGUCCUACAGUUAUCGAGAAGGAGGGUGAUUUAGCUGCUUUCUCUUUACCCAUGUCCGUUCCCACAGAAGCUGAUUUCUCUUCAAUGUUUGACGCUUCUGUUCUCUCUGAAGAAGAAUUCCUCCAUUCAUAUGCGCCUCCUCCUCCUCCUCCUCAUGCUCAUGCUGCUCAGUCUCAUCCACCUCCUCCUCCUCCCCCUGGUGCUCGAGAUGAUCCUUCACACCCUGCUCCUCCUCCUCCUCCCCCAGGAGCUCGAGAUGAUCCUUCACACCCUGCUCCUCCUCCACCUCCUCCUCCUACUGCUGCUGCUCCUCUUCAUUCCCAACUUGCUUGUCCUCCUCCUCCUCCUCCUCCUCCUCACGCUCCACUUCCUGCUCCUGCCCCUCCUCCUCCUCCUUCUCUUCCACGGAGUCCCUCCACCUCCUCCUGCUUCUCCUCCAGGCCAGUAAGAGGCAUGCCUGUGGGCAAAAAAUCCGCUCCACAACAGCGCAAAGAACUUGCCCAUUUGAUGGAAAUGGAAAGUGUAUCUUUUGAGCCACAACAGACGCCGAUGCAGUUGAAGGUAGAUAGGCUGGGGCCGAUGAGAAUAUUGAUCGAUGAGACCCUCUGCCAUUCCAGCCAGCCUCUGUGGGCCAAGGAGACAGAGCAACCUGCAGCCUCAGAACCGCUGACUCGGGGCGGUUUUGAGAGGUACCGAAGUAGGAUGCCGGAGCCAAAACCCGCUACAACAUGGGAGCAGCUGGCUUCCCUGCAGAGCCCAGAGGGGUACUGGAACUGUACUGAGGAGCUGGGCAAGCUGCUGUCUGUGGAUUUGAAGUUCUUCGCCGAAGUCUUCCUCAAAGAGAAGGGCAUCGCAUCUCUGGGCCCCAAGGCGCAGGUUGACAUCCUGAGGCUGGUGUCCACUCUGCUGGUGCUGCAGCUGGUCCGAGUCAACAAGCUGCUGAAGACAGAACUGCUGAUGUCACUCUUCCGCCUCGCAGACCCGCCGGAGAGCUGUCCGGAGUGGGCUGCGCUGAAGCGUGCGGUGGAGUGGGUGCGCUGGGCGGACGGCCAGUACCCCUGCGUCUGCAGCCGUCUGGAGUUCGGCCGGGACUGGGAGUCCUCCACACGCCAGAUCCUGGGCAUCGACCAGCCACACCCCCGCUCACCCCUCACAGAGCUACUGAAGAGGAACACUGGGAUGUCCGUCCUGGCCUGUUAGACACACACACACACACACACGUGUGCAGUCUAAGUUGUUUCACAAGAGCUGACAUUACGUAUUGCAGUUGCUAUCACUGUCUUCUGAAGAUUCUCCUGUAUAAUGUUGUUCAAGAGAGUGUAGUUGUAAGAGCAAUUUUAGGUUUCACUUUUUAAGCUUGAUUUUGUGGGAAGGUUUUACGGGGACAUUUCCAUUAGGUUUUAGGGUACUUUUUUAAAGUUGAACUGCAGUUGCUUACAAUUGAACAAUUUUGCCUGAACAGUGUUGCUUACUGGACCUUUUUUACUUUGUGACACUCUGCCAGUAUGCACUAUUUGAAGGUCUUGACGCAACCUGUGUAACCUUUUAAAAAAACAAACCAGGAACCAUUUGGCCCUUUAGAAAAUGGCCAAAAGAGACCCAUAAAUACAUAGCAAUCACUAUUUAACCACAAUGAAUUGGAUUUACAAAAAUAUGCUUAGAACUUGAUAAAACCAGGAGUCAAGGUACAUUUACCUUUUAUUUUUCAUUUGAUUUUAAAGUGAACAAGACCUACAAAACAACAUCAAACACAUGAAUGUGCAUGUUGAUGCUGAUGAUUGUGAGUUCAGCUUGGGAAAUAAAGUGAAAGAUUUUUUGUAGUUUGGCUGUGGCCUGUUGUCAUAUCUCUGAGUGGCUGUGUUAUGUCUAGGACAGGGCAAGAUCAUACAGGAUCGGUAUGAGGAAGGGGGUAAUUUUGGAAUAAAGCCAACGGUGUAGUCUACGUAGAACGCGGGUAUACGGAGUAUACCCACUUCUAAAUUUCAGGGAUUUCAGUAUACCCACUUAAUUGAUUGAUCCAUUAUUCUGAAUAGCACAAAUAUAUAGAAUAUACUCACUUCAAAAAAAUCACCACUGAAUAAAGCCUUCCAGUUCCUCUGCUUUGAUGAAUCGUAAGACAAUGCUACACAUGACAUGUAUAAAAAGCAGAUGUAUGUGCUUUGAUCAGUUGUUUAGACUUGUGAUUUGUUAUGUAAUUCACAGUGAAACAAGACAACAGUGACAAUAAAAGCUGAUUGGUGAGACUAAUA